AUGCCUCCAUUGAAAGGAUUCACAGACAACCCCUUCCGGACCCAAGCAGACGUUACCGAAGCAGCCCUGGCACUCCUACGACCAUUAACGCCCUACUUCUCUCCCGACAAGGGUCGCAUUCGUCUCCCAAUCUCAACAGGCGUUCAUUUCGAUGAGACAGCCGCGCAAAUCGAAGGGUUCGUUCGGCCCCUAUGGGCUGUUGCAUCACUUCUGCAAUUAGAAUCCUCUAUUUCCCAGUAUGACCCGACCAAGUCUGCUCUCGCGGAGAGCAUCCGUGAAGUAACAGAGCCAUGGAUCUCGGGAUUAUGUGCGGCGACAGACCCCGAACAUCCAGAGUACUGGGGUGUUAUUGACGACAUGGAUCAGCGAAUGGUCGAAGCAGAGGUCGUCAGCUUUGCCCUUCUCGUUGCACCCGGGAAGUUAUUCCAAAGCCGCGACAGGAAGACGAGACAAAAUAUCACAACCUGGUUGAGGGGAAUGAAUGGGAAAAAGAUGCCACCGAAUAACUGGCGGUGGUUCCGUGUCUUUUCGAAUCUUGCACUGGUCAAAGUUUGUGGUAUUCCACUAAGCUAUGUUCAGGAUGAGAUGCAGGCGGAUCUUGCUGUGCUUGAUUCAUUUUACCUUGAAGAUGGCUGGUCUGGGGAUGGGCCGUGGCUUUCGACGGAGGAGGAAGUGAAGGAAUUGCUGGAUUUUGAACAGACUGGGCGUCGAGACGCGAUUGGCAAAGGUCGCCAGGUCGACUACUAUUCUGGCAGCUUUGCUAUUCAGUUCAGCCAGUUGUUAUUUGCCAGGUUUGCAGAAGACAUCGACCCGGAUAGGGUUGCGGGGUAUCGACAGCAAGCGCGCGAUUUUGGGGCUUCUUUUUGGCGAUACUUUGGAUCCGAUGGAGCUGUUAUACCUUUCGGAAGAUCUCUGACGUAUCGCUUUUCGUGCGGUGCUUUCUUCGCUGCUUUGGCAGUAAGUCAUAUACCAGAUAUGCCACAGCCUUUGUCCACGUCCGGACAGAUAAAGGGAUUCCUUCUUCGUCAUUUGCGGUGGUGGGCAAAUCAUUCUGCAGAUAUCUUCUACCGAGAUGGAACAUUAAGCAUCGGCUGGCUGUACCCGAACAUGUAUAUGAGCGAGGACUACAACUCUUCCCAGUCCCCAUAUUGGAGCCUGAAGACAUUAAUCGCAAUCGCCCUUUUCGAGAACAAUGAAUUCUGGACAGUCGAAGAAGAGCCAUAUCCAUCCCUCUUCAACCCACGACUCGUACCUGCUCCCAGACAAAUACUCAGCAACCACCCCUUUGGCAACCAUCAUUUCUGCCUAUCGCCAGCGCAAUUCGUAGCCUGGCCAAUGAAAGCGACCCAGGCAAAGUACUCGAAAUUUGAAUACUCUUCUACCUUCGCCUUCUCUGUCCCAACAGGACCUUUGAUACAACAAAUAGCGCCAGAUUGUACCCUUGCAUUGAGCAGAGAUGGGGCAGAGACAUGGGCUGUAAAAUGGAAAUGCUCCGAGCCUCAGUUUUCUCAGAUCCAAUUGCGGACCUCUGGCGGCCUUGUUUCGAUACCCGCCGUCUCAGUACGAUGGUAUCCCUGGGGAGAUCGUCAGGCGGAGGUGACAACCACGCUUAUCCCGCCAACUGAUCGCUGGCCAGACUGGCAUGUUCGAGUUCACCGUGUUCUCAUUUCUGAAUCAUUGCGGACUUUGCAUACUGUUGAAGGUGGUUUUGCUUCGCCCGGACGUCGAAAACAUAAUGGCUCAAAGCUGCCGGAUAAGAGCUCGAUAGACGAGAGCUCAAGUAUCGGCGACACAGAGGGGAUUAUUCAAUCCGAGACAUCGGUGUUGAUUCUAUCGUCUGCGGGUGCCACUGGGAUUUCAAGUGGGCUCAUCCACGGCUCUUCGUCGAAAGGUCCAUCUGCCCGAGCAGUGGCUUUGAAGCCCGAUGCGAAUACAAAUAUCGCACACCAGAGAACUCUUAUUCCGAUUUUAGAGCGGGAUGUCAUUCAAGGUCUUCAUACUGGAGAUGAGAUCAUCUUUGCGACCAGCAUAUUUGCGGUUUCAGCUUCGGCAAAUGGUAAUCGCCGGGUUGGGAGGACUCUUGCGGAAAGAUGGUCAGAUCAACCAGUCAUAUCAGCCAGGGGCGAGGUAUACUACGGGGAGUCUAUUCUUUUGUCAUAG